AUGACUCCUCUUAAAAUUGGUCUGUCCAACAUCAAGUUGCCUCCUCCCUACACUAGGAUAGCUAUUGCAUCGCUUGUUUAUGCCUCCGUCUAUAAUACCUUACAUAUGUACAAGUUUAAGUCAACACCGGAACACAGGCAAAAGAAUGGACAUAAUAACGGAAGCCCACCUGAGUAA